AUGGAAGGGACAUAUUGGUUUUACAACUGCCAUGAACAGAGGAGACUAGAUGAGAUUACUGCACUAGGAUACAAGUGUACGGGGAGGCUGUGGAAUGAUUUGGCGAAUAUAAUUCAAAGCCUUUCUGCUUAUAUGCACCCUUCUUUUAAAGAACAACUAAGAGACAUGUCUACAUCAUCUGGUCAAGAAAUUGAGAUACCUAAUUUCUUACUCCCCCCUCCGUGAGUGAACAAAAAAAUUUUGUUCACUCAUGGAAAGGGGUUAAUUUUUUUUAAAAAAAAUCCUAAUUUGCAAAAAUUAGGAAGCAAAUAUUAAUUUAAUUUAUAAAAUUUAUGUUUUAAAACGCAAUUUUUUUAAAUUAAACAGAAUUAGCUCGAGAUUUCAUUAUACUAAUUAUCACUUAUAUAUCAAAUUUUUUUUCAUAAAAAAUUUUUUUCUGUUAAAGAAAUUUUACUUUUAUUUUUUACCAUUAAAUGACCAAAAACAAAACUUCGAGCUGUCCAGGAAACGCUGAAAUUUCAGAAAAUGUGCGACAAGGGCUUUCUUUUUGGCUUUUUAAGGCACCAACACAAAUACUCCCAACAAUAAGCGACUCCAGCUUUUGCGAAACACCACUGAAAAUUUACCUAUCUAAAUUCCUGGUUAAUGGAGAUAGAGAUGAGAAGAGAGAACUAUACAUUUCGAUGAUUUUGGGAGUUGGAAAGAACAUCAAGGCCAGGAGACAUACUAAAGGCAAUUAUGUUGCCGUCUGGUGAUGCACUGGUGACCUUUAUUAAUGAACCAGCAAGGCACACGAUGGCAAAGAAAGGCUGAGUUGCGGUGGAGCGCUGUGAAAGAAAGCUCAUGGCCCUGUUGGACUCUCGAUGAAGAACGGAGAAAUUAACUUUACCCGAUACUCGAUAAAAAUUACAAUACCAGGGGAGAUCUCAUUAGAAGAUGCCAUCAGCGAAAUUAGCAAGAAAUGCAGAAUAGUAGAGGUGAUGGUAGAUAACACAAUAGAUACCGGAGAGGAGGAAAUAAUUGUUCAUUUCAGCCCAAACUCGAGGUACUUGCUAUAUGGCGAGUUUGAUAGCUUAGAAUCAGCUCUUGACUUACCAGAUGAGAUUGAAAUAAAAGGUAAAAGUAUAGUACCCCCCCCCUCGUUUGUCGCAUUUUCUAGUUUUUUUUUAAGGGAAAAAAAAAUUUACAGGACCUCGUUUGUCGCAUUUUCUAGUGCAAAUACAUUUGUCGCAAUUUCUAGUUUUUUUAAUUUUUUUUUGAUGUCGCAAAUCUUAGUUUUUUUUAAAAAAUAGUUUCUGAUUAAUUUAAUUGAGUAAUUAUAGAGGAGUUUACCUUACAUUUGCCUGCAGAGGGUUAGCAGGCCCGAGUCCUUCCCAGUCCUUCCCACUUUACUCUCCCCUUUUUAGAGAAUAGAUUAAAUUAGCUUAUUAACUCCAUUCUCCUUGCGCUUCAAUGACCUGCCUUGCUCUUCAUUUUUUCACCUUAAGAAUGGAAUUUUGCACUUCCUCAAAAGAAAUUUUCGUCCCAUGGCUCCUGAAUGGCAGCAAUUAGUCUGGCUUUGCUGUCAGGCCUUCUUUUCUCCACUUUCCUCUUCAAAUUGGCCCAGAUCAUCUCAAUUGGAUUGAGAUCUGGGCUCUUCGGCGAUUGAGUCUUCACAUCAAUCCCGUUUUCUCUGCAAUAUUCCAUAGUCUGCCUUGCAGUAUGGGCUGUUGCCCCAUCCUGAACGAAGGUGUAGUCUCCAUCUAAAGGUUCAAUAUAGCCCUGGAGAAUGUCUCUGAUAUAGACCUGGGCAUUGAUUGCAUACUUCUCCUUCUUUAUGAAGAGCAUUUUGCCAAAAACGAUAGAAAUUCCUCCCCAGAUCAUAAUUGAGGUUUUUCAAAUUGAUAGGCUCUUCAAUCGUUGCGUUUAUCCCUUCUUUGCACAAAUUAGAGUUACGAAAAAGAUGCACAUAGCACUCAUCACUGAAGAUCCAUGAAGCGAUAUCUGAGUCAAUCAAAGACCUAGCCCAGGACAUUCUCUGCUCUUUAUGAGCUUCAGUUAGCUGUAGAACAACCCUCUUCUUCCUAUAGACAUAUCCCCUCUUCUUCAGCUCUUUUCCUAGUUGUUCUUCGCUGAUGUCAAACUGUCUUUCUUUUGAAUUGGGCCCUCAAACUUGCCUUGCUGACAAAGCCUGUAUCCUUCUCACAUUCCUUAAUGACCUCAGCAAAGUCUUCAUCACUUCAAUGCUUAGGGGAGAUCUGGAUAGUGCCUCUUCUCUUCCAGCCGCUUCGUCAGAUUCACUCUCAGUAUUCUCUGCAGCAAUUCGCUCAAUAGUCCGUUUAGAAGUCCCCAAGAUUAUCGCAAGUUCUUCGUUUUUAAAGAAACCUACGUCAAUGAUCCUCUUGACUAUGCUCUCUCCAUCAUUCCAUUUUCUUAGGAGGAGGCGAUAGUCCAUGGUCCACAAGCUUCCGCCUGAGCUCUAAAGUGUGCUCUUCAGGAUUGAACUUGUUGGUGUAGUGCCUGAUCGUCGUCAGGCUCAUGUCCUUGCCACAAGCAGCAAGACGCUCUUGGAUCUGCUUUGCAUUGAGCCUCUCUCCAUAGGCCAUGCUUUUGAAUCAUUGCCGGGAUUUUUAUCGGCUGGUCCUCAAUUUCGCGCAACUCCAUUAAUUAAUAUGGAAGACUAGAAAUUAAGCUAUCAAAUAAGGAAAUAGGCAUGAAGAUAGGGGAAUAAGAAUGGUGAAUGGCAAGUUGUGAGGCUUAAGCAAUGGGAGCAGGUAAUGGGAAGCAAGCUGUGGGGAUUGAGGAAUGGGAGCAAGGAUUUUGAAGGAAGAAAUGAUGAAAUUUCACUAACUGAUCCCUUGACGAAUUUUAAUUUUUAGGAAUUUAUAGAGAGAAAAAAAAGCUAGAAAAUGCGACAAGCGAGGUCCUGAACCGAUUUUUUUUUGGCUUAAAAAAAACUAGAAAAUGCGACAAAUGAGGUCCUGAAAAUUUUUUUUUUUCUCUUAUAAAAAAAAACUAGAAAAUGCGACAAAUGGCAAAAAACUUGAAAAUGCGACAAACGAGGGGGGGUACUAUAUAAGGCUAGGGCACGCAGGAACGCUGUUCUGUGAGGUUUGCCAACAAAUGGGACAUAAUGAAUCAGGCCACAAGAGAAUAGCAAAAAGAAGAGCUGAUAGACAAGGGAAAGAAGAGCUGAUGAAAGAAGACUUGGAAAGGAAAAGCUGGGACUCGACACGAAGGAGAAGAUGGUGAUAUUGGAACAAGCCAGGCAAGUAAACAAAGAAAAGAGUCUGAGCUGAGAGAGGCGUUGCAUGGAAGAAAUGGAACAGUCAUCGUUACAGAGGUUUGAGCAGGAAGAUUCAAUAAAGGAAAUAAGCUGGAAGGAUUGGAAAGAAUGAUUGAUGAUGCUGCAGAAAACAAGGAGCUGAAACAAACUAUUAGUAGAUUGGCUGAAGAAACAGAAAAGACAACAAAAUUGUUCAGGGCAUUGGUGGAGGGUGCAGAGAAAGUCUGUAAACCGACUUACAUUAAAUAUAAUGCGGAAAAAAGGCUGCGAUAGGAGUCAUAUAUAGACUCAGAGCUGGCUUUAAUUACACUAACGGAAAUGCAUACGUUAGACAUCUACAAAAAGACGGAAACUGCAAGGAAUGCAAGACAUGGGAAACUGAAGAGCAUGUUAUAGAAGAGAGGAAGACACUAAUAGUAAGAUUGAGGGAAUUGGGGCUAGAAAUGGAGGCAGGAAGUCAUGGUCUGACAAAGUUGGCAUUAUAUAGUUGAGAGACAGAGAAAAAGCUGAAGCAGAUGGAGAAAGAAGGAAAGCUUGCAGAAGUGAAAAGAAUAGAUCUUGCUCUAAAGAUCUUUCACGCAAAGUUGCUAGUAACUAGGGCAAGAGAAUUUCAAGAGGAAAAUUAUAGUGCAGACAACAGAGAGAGAUAUGUUCAGAGUAGAUUAGACAACUGAUUAAUUAAGAGGCCAUAAGGCCUGGGGCAGCAGUGCGCUGCUGCUGAAUUUGAAUGGUAAAAAAUGGUUAAAAAAAAUUUUUGUUCACUCACGGAGGGUGAGCUUUUGGGCAAAAAUAGGGAUUUUCCAAUGGUUUUGUUCAAUCGCGGGGCGGGGGCGAGUUAGCAACUUCUUUCCAUUUUGACGUUUUUUCAUUCAAGAUUUUGAUUUUUACGCUAACUACAGAUCCAGUGAGAAUGCUUAGAUUCAAUAACUGUGGGCUAAGUGAAGAACUUGUGGAUAUGUUGCAAAGCAUUAUUCAUUUAGAUCAUAUUAAUUGGAUCCAGCUCGACUGGAAUCCUGGACUUCCUGAUCGAAAAUAUAUAGAUUUUCUGAAAGAAGGCACAAAACUGCAGACUCUAUCAUUAAGAUGCUGUAAUCUAGGAAAUGAAGCAAUUCAUGGGAUCUGUGAAGCGCUGAAAACAAAUAAAACACUUAAAGCCUUGGAUUUGUAUGGAAAUUGCUUCAAUACAUUGACUAGCUUCGCAGGUGUUUUAGAAACAAAUAGAUAUCUGGUGCACUUAAAUUUGGCAAAAAACAAUUUGACUGAUGAUCAUAUUGCGCCUUUUAUAGGAGUGUUUGGGAGAUUGCAUUUCCCUGAUGAUAAAGUUGAAGAGUAUAGAAAAAAAGAAAAAGAUCUUGCAAAGGCAAAAGCACUGAAAUCAAAGGGAAAGCAAGUAGAGCCUGAACCACCUGCAGAUGAGCUGGUUCAGGAUGAAGAAUCAAAGCAAUUUUAUUUGAUAAAAAAUAAGGUAUUCAAAAGACUGAACUUAUCUUUAAACAAUAUUUCAAGCGAUCAUUACUUGAGGCUGCUUUUGCAUCAGGUUUUGCCAAAUUUUAAAUUGGUAUUACAAGUGAAUCCAAUCCCGGAAUCAGUUAAAAGGCAGCUAGCGAUGGGAUUUGCAGAUAUUCUGAUACUUAACUAA